AACAUGGACAACUACCUGCGCGCUUUAGAUAUCAAUGUGGUCCUGCGAAAACUGGUUUGCCUCCUGAAGCCUGAUAAAGAGAUAAUCCACACGGGAGAUCACAUGGUCAUCCGCACAAUCACCUCCCUGCGGGACUAUGUAAUGGAUUUUGACCUGGGAGUCCAAUUUGAGGAAGAUCUGGGACCUGUGGAUGGACGGAAGUGCCAGACAACUGUGUCCUGGGAGGGGGAUCAGCUGGUGUGUGAGCAACUUGGAGAGAAGAGGAACCGAGGCUGGAGGCACUGGCUGGAGGGGGACCAGCUGCAUCUGCGUAUGACCGCUGAAGACGAGGUCUGUGUCCAAGUUUUCCAGAAAGUGAAGUGA